AUGGACAAGGAUAUGAUGAAUCUAACUUUGAAACAUGUUGCCUUUCAAGAUGAUGUAUCUAACGAUUCAAUAGUUAAGGCUUCUUUAAGAUUGUCUUACGUUUCUGUCAAACUUCUAGUUGACUGCAUAAAAUUGCUGGUCAUUGUAACAUUUCAUUUGGUAUCAACUUUCCUGAAAUUGCCCACAUGGGUCUUUUUAUCAGGUAAUAGAGUUCAAUUAACAAUAUCGUUCUCAGCCUUCAUUGUUCUUAUUGCUGUAGUAACCUAUAUUAUUUAUGGGAUAGUAAGAAAUAGGGUUUUAUCACAAUAUAAGAAAUUGACUCCGGAUUUCGAUGGAAGUUUUAAAAGCAAUGUAUUAAAGAAGAAGAAAGUCUCUCCAAAACAUCCAAAUGAUGGUCACAAGAAAGAGAAGAAAAAACGUGCAAUUGACAUUGCAAAUGAAACUUUUCUUUCAUCCUAUUUAGAUGAAUUCUUAAGCGCUAUCAAGAUAUUUGGUUAUUUAGAAAAACCUGUUUUCCAUGAUUUAACUAAGAAUAUGAAGAAACAAAAAUUAGACGAAGGAGAAAUACUUCUGUUGGGUGAUUUAGAUAGUUCGUUAGGAUUUGCUAUAGUCGUCGAGGGUACACUUCAGAUUUUCCAUGAAAUAGAUCAACAAAAUGAUUUCGACGAUUAUGAAAGUGAGAAAUUUAAUAAUGGAGUAGAUUUUGAUUUUUCUUCAUCGAAAAACUUAGCUAGUGAAUUGAUCUCAAGCACCUUGAAUAAAUCCGAUAUUGAAUCUAUAAGUUCAAGUGCCAGUUCUGAUUUCACUGAUGACUCAAAUGAUAGCUACCUGGGCAAUUCCUCUAAUGAGUACAUCACUCUUAAGGGCGGACUAGGAAAAUUCCAAUUGUUGAACACAGUAAAAUCGGGAAACCCUGUAUCAUCUCUCGUAAAUAUCUUGAAUCUAUUUACCUCACCAGUGAGAAGUAGUAAUUCAAGUGGUAGCGAUAGGUAUGAUUCAAAUGAUAUUAAUCAGGGACUAACAAAUUAUUCCUUGUCUGCAAUGAAAAAUGAAUUGACGCAAACCCCAAGAGAAACUCCAGCAUCAAUAUCCUCUCCAUUAGAUAAGCAAAUUGCUGGUAUUUUACCCUUGCAAUACACACCACCUACAGUGGUGGCAAGGGCUGCUACUGACUGUACUAUUGCUAUUAUACCGCCUCAUGCAUUUACAACAUUAACUUCAAAAUACCCACGUUCUACAUCACAUAUCAUUCAGAUGAUCCUAAAUAAACUCUAUCAUGUCACAUUUCAAACCGCCCAUCAAUACCUUGGAUUAACUAAUGAAAUUAUGACAGUUGAGCGCUCUUUAAAUAAAUCAUCAAAUUAUGAGAUACCUUAUUAUCUGAAAGAAGCAGCAAUCAGAAAACUUAAACAUUCCAUUGAAAAUGAUACAGAACUUCCUCUAAGGAAAAACAAGGAAUCGUAUCAGGGCAAAAUUCAAAGCCAUAAUCGCCAUCGCUUUGUCUCACCUGAUAAUUCCAAUGAAACAAUCCUCGAACGCCCACCUCUAACCUCCUCAUCUAGCAGAAAAAACGUAGCCAGUAGCUUUUUAAGUUCAAGACAUGUUGUCUUAGAUUCAAGAGACCACCUCAACCCAGGUGAUCUAUUGUCAAAUGUUCCUCUUUCCAGAAAAGAGAUUAAUCUUGAAAAAGAUGUUCAGAAUAAACCUAGAGCUGUUAAAAGUGGGUCUAGUUCUACUGGUAUUAUAUCUCCCGAGUCUAAUGUCAGUAACAUUAAUGUGGUCAAGAAUCCUCUUUCACCAUCAAUUUCCUCAGAUAAGAAAAAGAAUAAGCAUAACUUCAUAUCUAGUAAUUUGAAUGCUACAACAACGUUUUCAUCCACUCAGGAUGAAACUGAAGAAUCGGCAGUAAGGAUGGCUUUGACAGAGGCCAUGUUCAAUUAUUUAGGUAUACAAAAAGAUAUUGUUACCAGUGACCUUGGGUCCAGCCUGCGCUCUAAAAGUAACUUUAGCAACGGCCUCACAUCAACUCCUCAUCGAUCAUCUGAACUAUCACUGACCAACUCAGUGGCAUCAUAUCAUACUGGCUAUCCUAACCUUAGAAUUCUCCCCAGUAAUUAUGCUAUUACUGCCCAUAAAGUGAAAAAGGCCAAAAAGAAAGAUUCAUACAAGGAAGAAGUCCCAUCAAAUUUAGAUUUCGAAUCCGCCAAAAAUGAAUUUGCUCAAAAUAUCGAAUUGUUGCAUUUCAAGCAAGGAAGUAUCAUUGUUAAACAAAAUUGUAGUGGAAAGGGCCUUUUCUACGUUAUUUCAGGUAAAAUCAAAGUUACAACAUCCAGCAAUUUUACAGAACAAUCAUUCGCAGCAACUAAGCCUACAGAUUUGAAAGAAAAUCGGACUCUCUACUAUAUCGAGACUGGUGGUAUCGCUGGUUACCUUUCUUGUUUAGUAGGUUACAGGUCCUUUGUAAAUCUAGAGGCUAAGACAGAUGUUUAUGUGGGGUUUUUAGCAAAUGAGGUCAUUGACAAACUAUAUGACAAGUAUUUCCUAAUAUACUUGCAUCUUGCAGAAAAGUUAACAAGUCUUUUGACUCCUAAAUUGAUGAAGUUGGACCACGCAUUAGAAUGGGUACACUUAUCAGCUUCGGAUAUUUUGUUCAGACAAGAAGAACCAGCAAACGGUAUAUAUGUGGUUCUAAAUGGAAGGCUUAGACAAUACCAAAGCCACGACAGCUUACUCGAGGAGAAAUAUGAUGAUGAUGAUGAUACCUCUGAAUCAAAAGGCAAUGAGGAUACUGUACUCACAGAGAUACCUCAAGGUGAAAGUUUUGGCGAGGUUGAGGUUUUAACCGCUUCGAACAGACUGUCUACCAUUGUGGCGGUAAGAGAUUCUGAAUUGGCACGGAUUCCAAGAAGUUUAUUCGAGUCAUUGGUUUUAGAGCAUCCAUCUAUUAUGAUCCGAGUAUCUAGGCUGGUGGCAAAGAAAAUAAUGGGUCAGUAUGAUCCAAUCUCGUCUUCCGAUAGAAUAACGUCAGAAAGGGGUUACAAAUAUGAUUUUAAUUUGACUAUACCUUCAACACACGCACAUUCCUACAAUGUAGGUCAAACCAAUCAGUUCGGUUUCACACCAUAUAGAACUAUAACUAUUAUCCCUAUCACACCAGGACUUCCGGUCGAAUCGUUUGCCCAUAAAUUGGUGAAUGCAUUCAAGCAGGUUGGUCGUACUACUAUAGGUCUGAAUCAAAAGACGACUCUGCUACACCUUGGUCGUCACGCAUUUGACAAACUAGCAAAACUAAAACAAAGUGGAUAUUUCUCGGAAUUAGAGCAGUCAUAUGAAACUGUCGUUUAUAUAGCCGAUACAUCUGUGAAUUCAUCUUGGACUAAGACGUGCAUCGAUCAAGGCGACUGUAUUUUGCUAUUAGCUGACGCAAGGUCCCGAACUGAUAUCGGAGAAUAUGAAAAAUUGCUAUUAGAGUCGAAAACUACUGCCAGGACUGAGUUGAUUUUGUUACAUCCAGAAAAAUAUGUUGAACCUGGCUUAACUCAGAAAUGGCUUAGAUAUAGACCAUGGGUUCAUUCACAUCAUCACAUGCAAUUUUUAGUGAAUACCAUGGAAGAUGAUACAAUGGAAGACACGCCAGCCACAGGAACAGGUGUUGGCUUGAUUGAUAAGAUUACUCAAAAUGAAUUUAGCAAAAAAACUCAACUGAAUAUUUCUAGGUUGUUACCUGAUUCCAUUAAAAUGAAAGUAGAAAGCUUUUCUUCCAGAUUUAUGGGAAGAAAGAGACAAUACUAUAGUUCUAUACACUCUCAUAAAAGCGAUUUUUUGAGACUUGCAAGAAUUUUAUCAGGACAGGCUGUUGGAUUGGUGUUAGGUGGUGGUGGUGCAAGAGGCAUCAGCCAUUUGGGUGUUUUACAGGCACUAGAUGAAUUAGGAAUUCCAGUCGAUAUUAUUGGCGGUACCUCAAUCGGAUCUUUUAUUGGUGGCUUAUAUGCGAAAGAUUAUGAUGUAGUUCCAAUUUAUGGCCGUAUCAAAAAGUUUGCCGGUAGAAUAUCUUCAAUUUGGAGAAUGAUUUCAGACUUAACUUGGCCAGUCACUUCUUAUACUACUGGACAUGAGUUUAACCGUGGUAUUUGGAAAACAUUUGGAGAUACUAGAAUCGAAGAUUUUUGGCUCCAAUAUUAUUGUAAUUCGACUAAUAUUACAGAAUCGGUACAAGAAAUACAUUCAUUUGGAUAUGCAUGGAGAUAUAUUAGGGCCUCCAUGAGUCUAGCUGGUUUACUUCCUCCUCUAGAAGAGAAUGGAUCAAUGCUUUUAGAUGGUGGCUAUGUUGAUAACUUGCCAGUGCUAGAAAUGAAAGCAAGAGGCUGCGACACGAUAUUUGCCGUAGACGUUGGUUCUGUAGAUGAUAGAACUCCAAUGAAGUAUGGUGACUCGUUGAAUGGAUUCUGGAUUGUUUUCAAUAGGUGGAAUCCCUUCUCUUCGCAUCCAAAUAUCCCAAAUAUGGCCGAAAUCCAAAUGAGACUGGGUUACGUCUCCUCAGUUAAUGCGUUAGAAAAAGCAAAACAAACCAAAGGAGUCAUAUAUGCUAGACCACCUAUAGAAGGUUACAAUACGUUAGACUUUGCCAAAUUUGAAGAGAUCUAUAAAGUAGGCGCCGCUUAUGGAAGAGCUUUCUUUCAAGAGUUGAUUCAAAGCGGCAAAAUGCCCUACAUACCAGGUUCCAAAAACAGUUUAAUGGAACCAAGGGCUUCCGAAUUACUGUUACAAAGAAGAAACAGUAUUUAA